UGUUGGUAACUUCCGGUUUGUUUUCCUCCGACUGCUAGCUCCUUGCAAACGGUGGACAGGUUAAAUGAGUAGUGAACUCUAAAAGUGAUGCUCGAAGGGAUUCUCAAAUUCUAACUAUUCCCCUGAGGACUUAACUUAGGUGCCCAGAUAUCUGUAGAGCUGUGAUGGUACCUCACUGCCUGCUGUGAUAGCUGUAUACAAUAGCAUCAGGAUGGGUGUGCAGGGUCUCUUGUCGGCCUGUAUGCGCCAGAGAAAUGCCUGUGUGGAAGAAGUUGAUCUUGUACAAGUCGCUCGAAAUCGAGGUGGCAUAGAGAUACUAGUGGAUUACUACUCAUUCGAAUUGUUUGUUCUAGAACAGUUUUGGUUCUCUUUAUGUCACCACCAGCACAACGAUUACCUGUGGAUUAUGGGGGGUGAGUACGCCUCCCUUGAUGUUUAUCUGAAGAAACUUAUUUUAGAUCUCAAGGCUUUACGCAUCAAUUUAGUGUUCUAUGUUGAUGGUGCAAAAGGUGCGUCUACAGAAACGACUCGUGAGAAAAUGGACACAUGGAUUCAAAGACAUCAUCGGGAUGUUGGAAAAAUUGACAACAUCAUGAAGGUAUGUUGUGGUGGGAUGCCUAUUACGGAACUUCAGGAGAAUGUACGACCACUUCUGCAGGAGGAACAGUUUAUAUACACUCUCAGACAAUGUGGUUGUGAGGUUUAUCAAGAUCCUGCAGGAGAAGCAGACUGUGUUAUUGCUCAGGCCCUACAUCAGAGAGAGAAAGCGUAUGGUGUGUUCAGUAACGAUUCCGACUUCUGUAUAUUUAAAGACUGCACAUUCAUCCCCAACACACAGUUUGACCUGAUGGGUGACCUCAAGUUGGGUGCAGCAUGCAACAUGCCCAUCAAACCAGAACGUUUAAUUGUCGGAGUGAUCACAACUGAUCGAGUCAUGAACAUAUUUGGUCUUCCUAGUCAUGACCACCUGUUGGAGCUGAGUGUUGUAGCUGGUAAUGACUUUACUGGUCCAUACAUGAGAAGUGGGCUCCAACGGAAACUGGAGAUCAAAGGUCGUGGGGUCGAAGGUGUAGCAGAAUGGAUCAGAGAACAUAAUGUCCCAGAGACUCACCCUGUGUUUGCGCAGGAAAUGAGAAACAAUAUGAGAUUCUGCAGUGCAGUAGUUCACAGCCGUAACUUCUACAACCUGGGGGUGCCACCAGUGAAGCCAAGUAAAACAGGGUACCUGUCUGAGCUCCUAGAGAAAGGAAUCCGCGAAGGACGCUUUGUAGCCAGGGUGAUGGGCAUGCACAACAACUUCUACUGGCAUCGUGUGGUGGUAGAGGACAUGAGUCAAGGUCAGCCCUGCGCAGAGGUCGCCCUUGCCCCACUCAGGGCUCAUGUGUAUAGAAUUGUUCUUCAGCGACAUGAGAGCAUGGUGGAGGAGUAUGGCCGUAGCCCUUGGGAACCUCUUAGGACAGCAGGGGUUUUGGCAGUAGAAGAUGGCAACAUUCCUUCAAUAAACCGCAUCCAGCCUGACAAGAUAUUCUGGAACCUGAAACAUUUCCACUACAUCAUGUCUCACCUGGAGCAAAGAACUGGUUCAGAGAGUAAUUGGUUCGAACGAUAUGGUAGGAGAACAGGCUUCUCAGUGUACGUUCUUCGAUAUUUCCUUCUACUCAACUGGGGUCGCAAUCUGUAUGUGACAGAAAAUGAGUUUCUUGCCUUGCUGGCAAUGAUGUUGGGACGUCCUGCAGCAGCUAAGUAUCAAGGGAUCUGCAUCCGCCCAACGCCUCGCUGUGUUACCCUCGGCAACUGGUUCCAGGAUCUCUACUAUCAUGCAUACUGCUUCCUGGGGAAGCUACUGAACAUUAGCCACGAAUUCCCACUGCCUAGUGAGGUGUACUCCGGAGCAGUAUGGACUGUCUUCUACACCUGCUCAAAGGAUGGAACAUUCAGAUCGGCACUAAAUCAGGUAUCUAUGGACGUAUUGAAAGCAACUCAAGGGGAUAUGAAUGCCAUUAUCAAAGAAAAACGCCACAUGAUCCGAUACAUUGUGGAAGGAAUUUUCACAUUCGAUGCUCGAUUCUGAUUUCUGAUUGGAAGAGAUUAUUCCUACCAAUGUUGGACAGAUACAGGGUAUUCUCAUGAACGUUUCUGAUUGGAUAAGACAUUUCUACGUACCAAUAGAAUGAUAUAACGGAUAUUCUGAGGACCGUUUCUGAUUGGGUGAGACAUUUGACUAUUCCCACCAAUAGGACGAAAUAACGGAUAUUCUGAGGACCAAAUCUGAUUGGAUAAGACGUUUGGCUAUUUCCACCAAUAGGACGAAAUAACGGAUAUUCUGAGGACUGAUGCACCCAUCAUGUCAUGCCUUGAGAGAAAUUAUGUUAAAUGACAAGAACCCGCGAUUGUCUUUAGCAGUACAUUAUGAUUGGUCGUAACAUUUCCUCCAUGUCUCCUGUAGGGACUUUUAAACGAACGACUACAUUCUACGUGGUGUCUUUAGUGAUAAUAUCUGGAAUUAGAAGGUAUUAUAAACAGUAAAAUAGUUAAUGACAAACAACCAUUAAACAUCCAACAUUAUCCAUUCUAUAUAAUCAUCUAGUGUAUGCAUAUAUACAUGCACACGCACUAUUUAGUUAGAUACAUUAAAGAUUGGUGAAACACCAAUGACGACAUUAGUUCAGCUACAGAAAAAUGAAGGAAAUCAGUAACCUUUAUAUGUCUUUGUUACCCAGAUCUAGUUCUUCUCGUAUGUACUUAUAGCAGCAAUCAUACAACUGCCGGUGGCGCGGAUAUCUUUGAUUUGUUGUCAACAAGAUCUAGUUUUUCUCGUGUGUACUAUUUAAUAGCAUGCAUACAACUGCCGGUGGCGCGAAUAUCUUUGAUUUGUUGUGAAAAAUAGAUCUGGUUCUGUUCGUAUGUACUUUCAGAUGGCUGAACACACAGCAGUUGAAAGCUUUAAUCAUAUGUGGCUAGACUUAGAAUUUAUAGAGAGUGUUCUUGAUAGUAAGGAAGUGUAAAUUCUUUAAACCAGGUGUUUCCAUUGAUAUUGAUUUUACUUUUGUUCGUUUGGUAUGAUAUGCUUGGGUCUGUAAGUUCUUCCAUUGAGGAAACAGGCAGUUUCUUCAAUGAUUGCUAUACAGAUCCGGAUGAUGCGAGCUAUGCAGUCAUGGACAUGACGAUAUAAGAGUCACAAGGAUGUCUCUUUACCCAGAUCUAGUCAUGAUCAUGUGCACUAUUUGAUAAGCUGCAUGCAUCUGUUAGUGGCGUGGAUAUCUUUGAUCUGUUGUUAAUGAGAUCUGGUUCAGUUCGUGUUUGCUAGAAUAGGUAAGAUCAAUCAAUGCCGAGCCUGGAGGAGUUCUUUGGCGUUUCCACUUCAGUCUUGGUGCUCAUCUCUGUAUGGAAAAAGGUAUAGUAAACGUUUUUAUUCUAUUAUUUCUUAUGAUGUAGGUGACAGUUUUGUUGCAGCCUGUUUGAAUUUGAUUUUACUUAAGAGAAUAUAAAUGGUGCAAUUUCAGGUAGCAAUUUUUUCCCUGUUGUUUACUUGCUUAAUUGAGUGAUCAUUAGAGUGGCAAAUUAGCACAGACAACCAAUUGUUUGGUUUUGUAUUUUGUUAAUUUCAAAUUUGAUUCAUACAUUAAUAAUGUUCCUGUUUUUCUUCUGUUUUAGUUCAGAUGCAGUUUUGAAAGCUUUUAUUUUCAUUUCCCAUUAAGUGCUAAAAUGGUAUAUGAUAUUGGUAUGAUAUCGCGUUUAAGAGAAAAUUACAUUGUUUUAGAUGUAAAGUUAUUAAUCAAACAUGGAUAAGAAAAGCAACAAUACUGACUAUUUAAUAAAAAAUUGUUUGGUUGUGUUGUUUCAUA